AAGGAGUCCAACUAUGUUGACAACUUCAGUCUCGGAUCAGGAUGGAAAGGAGAUGAAGGACCACGAUGAUCUUCAGAUGACUAGCAGAAGACCUCCCAACAACAGAAUGACCCAAGAAGAACAGAAACAGAGUCACAACUUCAUCACCGGUGCAACUUAUUUUCGGCAGGAACCGGAUUCAUCGAGUUCGCGUGGCGCCAGCCAACGGGCAGUCGUGGUUGUCACGGACCACGAGGACUGGCGGUUUGUGGACCUUUUGAAGCAGAUAGCCUACGUCCUAGGACCCCUGUACUUCGACAACGGCCUCAAGGUGUUGGAGACAGCUUGGUAUUUGAUCAAUUUUGAGUGGCCAGACUUGAGGACGAUUCUGCUGAGCGGAC